GGGCGAUUCAGUCGUUCGCCGGCGGCCGGGAGGUUGGCUGUGCCGCGGGCCUCGGCUCUCCUCCCCCUUUCCCUCUAAGGAUGACUCAGAAGGAGAACGCCUACCCGUGGCCCUACGGCCGGCAAACGGCUCAGUGUGGCCUGAACACCCUGCCACAGAGAGUCCUCCAGAAGGACCCCACCACCCCGUCUUCGCUCGUCCUCAUGAGCCGCUCCAAUGCCCAGCCCACAGCUGCCCCUGGCCAGAACAGCAAUGGGACACCCAACUUAAUGCGGUCCUUCACAAUCGAUGACUUUGAGAUUGGGCGUCCUCUGGGCAAAGGCAAGUUUGGAAAUGUGUACUUGGCUCGGGAGAAGAAAAGCCGUUUCAUCGUGGCGCUCAAGGUCCUCUUCAAGUCUCAGAUAGAGAAGGAGGGUGUGGAGCACCAGCUUCGCAGGGAGAUCGAAAUCCAGGCCCAUCUACAGCAUCCCAACAUCUUGCGUCUCUACAACUAUUUCUAUGACCGUCGAAGGAUCUACUUGAUUCUGGAGUAUGCCCCCCGCGGGGAGCUCUACAAGGAGCUGCAGAAGAGCCGCACUUUUGACCAGCAGCGAACAGCCACGAUCAUGGAGGAACUGGCGGACGCUCUGAUGUACUGCCACAAGAAGAAGGUGAUUCACAGAGACAUAAAGCCAGAGAACCUGCUCCUGGGGCUCCAGGGGGAGCUGAAGAUUGCGGACUUCGGUUGGUCUGUACACGCCCCCUCCCUGAGGAGGAAGACCAUGUGUGGCACCCUGGACUACCUGCCUCCAGAGAUGAUUGAGGGGCGCACGCACAAUGAGAAGGUGGAUCUGUGGUGCAUCGGAGUGCUCUGCUACGAGCUGCUGGUGGGAAACCCCCCCUUUGAGAGUGCUUCACACAAUGAAACUUAUCGGCGCAUCGUCAAGGUGGACCUGAAGUUCCCCCCUUCUGUGCCCGUGGGAGCCCAGGACCUCAUCUCCAAGCUGCUCAAACAUAACCCCUCAGACCGUCUGCCUCUGGCCCAGGUCUCAGCCCACCCUUGGGUCCGGGCCCACUCUCGGAGGGUAUUGCCACCCUCGGCCCUUCAGUCCGUCCACUGAAUCGUCUGUCAUGUACUCAGCUGCGUCUGUUUGUAUGUCUGUAUAUAGUAUGUGUAGUUGGAAGGAGGGGUCUCUGGCUUGUUCCUGUAUCUGUCUCCUGCCUCCUUUUUAUUUAAUAAAGGCUGUAGCUUUUUGUAACGAUGA